ACAUCACGGCACAGCCAUGGCCUUGCUGGAGCUCGCUAUGCAAGGCUUUGCCAUCUUCGGAUUUCUCUUAUUUCUUGUCCUCUGGCUCAUGCAUUUCAUGUCCAUCAUCUACGUUCGCUUGCAUCUCAAUAAGAAGACCACUGACAAGCAGCCCUACAGCAAACUGCCAGGAGUCUCACUGUUAAAGCCAUUAAAAGGAGUGGAUCCAAAUCUAGUAAACAACCUCGAGACCUUCUUUGAGCUGGAUUACCCAAAGUAUGAAAUCCUCCUCUGUGUGCAAGACCAUGACGACCCAGCGAUCGACGUCUGUAAAAAGCUGCUGGGCAAAUAUCCCAACAUUGAUGCCAGGUUAUUUAUAGGUGGAAAGAAGGUUGGCAUUAAUCCCAAAAUAAACAACCUCAUGCCAGGCUACGAGGGUGCAAAGUAUGAUCUGGUGUGGAUCUGUGACAGUGGUAUUCGAGUGAGACCAGACACCCUGACUGAUAUGGCUAAUCAGAUGACUGAGAAGGUGGGACUGGUCCACGGCCUUCCCUACGUGGCAGACAGACAAGGCUUUGCUGCUACGCUCGAGCAGGUGUAUUUCGGAACAUCACACCCGCGCUCCUACAUAUCUGCUAAUGUGACUGGGAUUAAAUGUGUGACCGGGAUGUCGUGUCUGAUGAGGAAGGAUGUGCUGGACCAGGCAGGAGGACUCAUUGCUUUUGCCCAGUAUAUCGCUGAAGAUUACUUCAUGGCUAAGGCCAUUGCAGACAGAGGAUGGAAAUUUUCCAUGGCGACGCAGGUAGCCAUGCAGAACUCUGGCUCUUAUUCCAUCGCUCAGUUCCAGUCACGCAUGAUCAGAUGGGCUAAGCUGCGAAUCAACAUGCUACCAGCCACCAUCAUUGAGCCCAUCUCCGAGUGUUUCAUGGCGAGUCUCAUCAUCGGCUGGUCAGCGCACUACAUCUUCCGCUGGGACAUCAUGGUGUUCUUCAUGUGCCACUGCCUCGCCUGGUUCAUCUUCGACUACAUCCAGCUCAGAGGAGUCCAGGGUGGCCCGCCAUCUUUCUCAAAGCUGGACUACGCAGUGGCCUGGUUCAUCCGGGAGUCCAUGACUAUCCAGAUCUUCCUCUCGGCCCUCUGGGACCCCACCAUCAGCUGGAGAACAGGUCGUUACCGGUUACGUUGUGGCGGCACCGCGGAGGAAAUACUGGACGUAUAGAAAGUCGCAGCUUGAACGGACACACUCGUGACGGAACAAAACAAAAAGUGUAGGCGAGGACUGAACAUGCAGAAAUAUCUGCGACGGCUUUACUUUUGUUUUGUCUGUGUAGGUUUUAAAUGAAGCUGUUCUUUUUUUAAUCGUUAGAUUUAGAACCUGUGGCAUGUCAGCGAGCGAGUAUUGAGUAUUAAUGUGGUGCUUUUAAGGGCCUUACUUUGUUCUUUUGGACCAUGAGUUUCACAUGAGCCAAUUCUUAUAGAGGAGCAGACAUGGGGAGGCCCGUGACACAGCAAACAUUUCCAGGAAGGAAAUAGGAAUCAGGACAAGAUGCUUGAACAAUGUUGAGUGGAUUUUUUUUUUUUUUUUUUACCUAAACCGCGACCCAUCAGAGUUUUACUUGAACCGCACUGCAUGCUCACUUCCCGUUUAAACAGUGGUUUUGAUUUUAAGCUUAAUGGAUGAUAAAAUCUUAAACUGCCGAAAUACGUUCAGGGAGGCAUUUUAACACAAAUCCACCUAAUGCAGUGUUGCGCUCCACUGACAUCAUUUGCCAUGUUUGUUUUUUUUUUAGAUGUGGGACUACUCACGUUUUAAAAAAAGAAAGCACUCAGGUCCAGAAAGUUCUCCACACAAUUCCCCUUUACAGUAUCUGACGUGCCGCAUCAGCUUAAUCAGUAUUCCUACGUAUAGAGAUGUAGGUCACAGCUUAAAACCCCAAUAGGGAACAGUGAAGCAACCACUCUCAUUUUGACUUGUUUUAGGAAUGCACCGAUUCUAAUUUAUUAUUUAUUUAUUGUGAUUUUUUAAUUAACCGCUAUAUCCUGGCAGGUCCUAUUCCAUCAGGAAACGCCAGGCACCUAGCUGGACAGGGUGCCAAUCUGUAACAGGGCUUUGACCACACCUCCAUCAGCAGUGGUGACGAGCGUAAUAGACCACUGCACCACCCAAGGGCUCAAUUCCAAUUUAUAUUACAUAUGUAUACACACACACAAAGAGAUUCUGUUGUCCUCUUGGUUAAAUCCUAGAUUUUUUACUACUUAAUAAAUACUAUGUUAAACUGCUAUAAGACUGCACCACUCAACACACCUUAGCCAUAACAAAAAUAUAUGUAUACACAGUAUAACUUUAUGUAGAUCAGUGUGUGGUCAGACAAGCAAAUAAAAGCAAAUGACAACAAAUAUAUCAAAUAUCAUCUCAUUUUAGUCAAACAGCAAGUUGAAGCUCUACCCACACCCAUUUACACAACCUUAUUUAGUAAUCACUGCAGAGAUGCACAGCUGGUUUUGAAGAGCUUUGGGAGUUUUUCUUCCAGCCAAAGGCUAUGAAACCUGUUCUGAUAUGAGCCUAAACUUGUAGUUAAUGUAAAUAAAUAACAUCACAUCAAGUCACCAUAAAAUAUAGUUCAUCAAAACUGAUCCAAGUUUCAAGCAAAAAUCAAGCGGUUCAGUCGGUGCAUCCCUAACGAUUCCACCGGUGUGUUGGAUGAACGCUAGUGUAGAAGAGAACUUGAGUGUGCUUGUUGCUGAGAUUCCUGAUUGGGGUUCAUUACAAUCGUUACACUUUGUUAUAUCUGCGUUAUAUCUUUAGUCUGAUCUGAAGUGAGUGCUGGAGAGGAAACAGAGGAGCUGCUUUUACUGCAUCAACCCACUUAAACUAAUCAGACCUGCUCAGCAUCUGCGUACGAGCACAGACCCCGGCGUCCGAGCUGGUUGCUGGGGGAAUGUAGUAAAGCAGCGGUGAUUCUUGAUUUGCUCUCUGUCUGAAUAGGCUGCCCCCCCCCCCCCUCCCCCAAGGCUUUGCCCCUUUGACGUGCCAAUGCAUUAAUGACACACAUUCCUGCGCGGUGUGGUCAACACAUGGAGGGCAUUUCCUCCUGCACUGCUUUCUCCUACCUUAGAAACAAGGCAGUAUUCCCUGAGAUGUUUGAUUUUUACCUCAUGGAAGUCUCGUUUGCACAAUGAUCGGAAGGAUUUAUACGCACCAAAUUAUUAAAAAAACUUUAAUCCUGUUGCAUUUCAACUUCAAAUUGAUUAAUGAGCCUUGGUGCCAGCGUGAAUGGGUAGCCUUUAUGCUCUGUUUUUGUUUUUUGACACAUUUCAAUUCAACAUGUAUAAAUUAUUAGCAUCUUUAAGAAAAAUUGCUUCCAGUGUUGUAAAUUACCAAACCGCUCAGGGUUUCAGAUUUACUGACAGUCUGACAGUCAUCCGUAACGCUUUAUUAAUACUUGAUCACAGCAUUAGCUUUAUCUGUAAAAAAAAAAAAAAAAAAAAAAAAAGACACAAAAAAUUCCAUCCACCCUUUCCUUAGCUUUUCUGCCCCCCGACCCCGCUAGAUUUAGCACCAUUGUGUGUAUGUACUUGUAUUGUAUUUCUCUUUCUCUCCAUGCCGAUGCUGACAGUAUUAUCUCACAGAUCUGUUAAAUAGGGCAGUUUUGGUUUGACCUCUGUUAUUAGAAACAAAAAAGGUUUUGUCUUGUAUUUUAGAUCUUUUUAAUCCUUUAAACACAGGUUGGGACUGUUCUUCAGUAGUCAUUUAGUCACCUGCUUUAAUAAAUCACAUUUCCAUCUAAUACAAAGAACAAGAAUUUAAACACAUUUUCUUGUACUGAGUAAAAAGUCUUGCAAUGCAAACCGAAAGGUAGUUUUAAAUAUUAAAUAUUAACUAUAAUAUAAAAUAUAUUUCAGAGCUUCCAGGCUAACAAAUAAGCUCUUAAGCAGUUGUUACACCAGAUUUCUGUCUCACUUCUCUUCCACUCUGAUGGAGGAACAGUCAGGUGAUUGGGAUUAGUCGUAUUAGUCUUGUGGGGCCGGCCUUCUAGAUGAAGUGUUUGCAGAAGUUAGUGCUUGAUUGCACUGAUAUCCAUCCCACCCAUGUCAGACUUCUUUUGGCUGAAAGAAAUCUGUUCAAAUGUAAACCUUAGUGACCGACUCUAGUAAAUAGAUGUUUCAGAAAUAGGAAUGACGUCUAAUUCUGUUGUAAUGCUUGUGUGUACUGUUUGCAUUUGAUCUUAUGGGGUCAAACCACUCCGCCUAACAACAAAGCAAAUUCUACUGUUCAUAUUUCCCUGAUUUUAGCAGCCAAAUCUUUCAGCAUGUGUUUAAUCAGACUGUUUGGUCGUAGUAGGUGAACAGCAGAGCUGCAUUAUUGAGCACUGUUAUUCCUCCUGUACUGAGAUCUCAUCUCGCUGCAGUGUAUUAAGCUUUGACUUACUGGCCAUGUUUACUCCAUAGCUUGUGAUUCUUGCACAUCACACUGAACUCAAAUGCUACCUGGUUUAUGAAGCACACACUUAAGCUUUUCUGGCUGUGUCCCAAAUGGCUUUUUAAAUGUUAAAUAGUGUCUAACCACACAAUUUGUGGUGCACUAGUCUCACAUACUGUGUAGUACACAGGGGUGAGGUUCAACUCUUCUGUUUGUUUCGACCCCACCUGCUUCUAGUAAAAUUUGGUUACCUCCCACCUAAAUUUCUAAUCUCAUUAGAGAUGAUGCCUGGCCCCUCAACAGUAAUGUGAUGUUAAAAAGGCUUGAAUUAUGAGCAUGAUGAGGCUUCCUACAAGAAAAUGUGUUUAUUACAUAAUCACUGUCUUUAGACUUCCUGUACAAAGUGAGUUCCAGUUCCUCCAGUUCCUUAGUCUUUUAUUAACAAUAACUAUUAGGUGAAUUUAUUUGCUGAAAACAAGACAAACUAGGGAGAAACUGAGGCCGGGUAUCAGGUAUCAAGUUUGAAAGGUUGCUUGUAGCUCAUUUAGCAAUAAGUCCUGCUCUGAUGCAAUGUUGUUGGCUACAUCAGUCAUAGUGUAAAUCUGUAUAAAAGAUUUUAUUGAACAUUUCAACUUCAUUAAUCCGACAUUUACAAGCAAUGGAAUGCAGUUCCACCCCAUGAUGUAUAACUCAAUGUAUCAUUGCAUGUAAAUGUGUUAGCUGUUUAUACAGACCAUGUCUCAGUAGAUGCGGUCAUACUAUAAAUAAUUUCGAGGAUGCAUAUUUACCGCCACAAACUAUUGAAAAACGUGCUGUUCUUUACCUUCUCUAAGACAAAGAGACAUUCAAAAUUCCUUCUCAGUGGCAGUAAGUCUACAACACUAAAUGCUUUGUUUAUAAUUCAACGUAUGUAUGAGCUCUGUGUAUGCAAUGUAUGCAGUGUGUGUGUGUGAACUGUUGUGUGUGUUUACAGCCUUUUCCCAAUUGCUGUUGAUUGUACAGUUGUGUACGGUGGGGAACUGGACUGGUGUGUGUGUGUGUGUGGCUGGUGGCUUGUCCUACAUUACAAACGCUAGAAUUAUCUAGAACUUCAAAACCCUUGUAAGUAAAGUAAGAGUGUGUGCACACUCUGUGUACUACAUGGCCACAUGAUCUUUUAGUGGUGUGUGUGUGUGUGUGUACGUGUACAAAAGAGAUUGCACGUGCAAGUUGUUCAUGUAUCCUAAAAACACCCUGCAUCUUCCUGCAGUGCUGCACUGUUUAUUAUGACCAACAGCUCAUCACUAAACUAAAGUUAAACAUCAGUCUGUUAAAAGCCCGCAGCAAUGAGAGUCACCAAACACGUCCCGUCAGGCGACAUCUCACAGUCCUGACAUACUUUACUCUACAGAUACCAUAAAGCCUUAUCUAUCAGCCUUCAAACUGUACGAUCCCAGUACAGCCUGACCUCCAAAUUAUUAUUUUCCUCAUACCAGCAUCUUCUUAAUGUACUAAUACUGUACUAGUGCACUGUAAAAUACCUUAAUCUAAAGUGGAACCAAAAUACAGAACUAAAUGAUGAAUGAUGCAGUCAGAACUAAAGUGCAGUCAACUUCUGUUUAGAUACCUGGCCGGCCGAUAGCCAAGUUUCGAUCUCAGCUGUGGUAGGCUGGCGUAACAGACCACUGUGCCACCUCAGCACCCUAGAAAACAAUGAAAAGUAGUUAGAAUCAAAUAUUCGAAGUGAUUAAGUGAACGGUAACAUAAGAGCUUCAUGUCCGUGGUUAGACCAAUAACAUAAUGGUGCCAUUGUGGAUUUUGCAUGCGUGUUCAUAUAUUUAUAUCUUUAAAAAAAAACUUUUGAUAUACAAUUUCAAACUUUCUUAAUCUAACAGAUUUAAUGUGGAAUUUAAACUGGGACUUGAACAAAAAUUCUGAAUUUUACACAAAUAAUAAUUAUAACAUUGACUGCACACACACACUUCUGUAUGGUCACAUGACUAAAGCUUUUUUUUUUUUUCCCAAUCGUCCUAAAGCCACCAGUCUCACGUGAAUGGGAAUGAAAAGGUCCAGUUAUGAUCCACCGUUCUAUUUUAUGUGCUUUAUGCUGAAAAUAUUUUUGUUUUAAAUACUGUACAGACUAUUUAUAAUGUUUGGUAAUUCUUAAUGAGGCUUAAUUUAUUUUCGAGUUGGAUAUAUGGUCUUGUUUUAGAUGAUUUUUGUUCCUUUUUUGGUCUGCUAUGUAAAACUGUGGCUGAAAGAUACUUCUCAUUUUGAACUGUGUACAGAGAUGAACUUCUGAUGCUCAGCAGGGAACUGUAAUCACACAGAAAUUAAAGCUUUGUUAUAUCAACCAUGAACCACA